CGGGUUUAACCCAAAAUUUCUCACAUCCUAAAAAUCAGAGAUUCCUAUCUCUCUCUCUCUCUCUUCGAUUCUGAUUCUAUUUUCUAAUUUUCUUCACCAACCACACAGAUAUUCCGUUUGAUCUGUUCUAAGCCUAAAAAUCAAUCAACUGAGUCAUCAUGGGACAAGAAACAAUGGCGCCGGCGAAACAGACCGCGACAACAACAACGACGCUCGUGUUCACGUACGGAACUCUGAAGAGAGGAUUCUCGAACCAUGUCCUGAUGCAAGAUCUGAUCCGAUCAGGCGACGCAUCUUUCAAAGGAGUAUACAACACCUCAGACAAAUACCCUCUCGUCUGCGGACCAUACCGAGUCCCUUUCCUCCUCAACAAACCUGGAUCAGGCCACCACGUGACGGGAGAGCUUUACGCGGUUUCCCCUCGAGGUCUCUCUCGUCUCGACGAGCUCGAAGGGAUCAGCCGCGGCCAUUACGUCAGGCAGCCGAUCCGUCUAGCCGCAGCGGAGGAAGAGGGAGGAGAUCUGGAAACAGAGCAAUCGUCGUCGGUGGUGGUGGAGGCGUAUUACGCGCACAAGAGCUACGAGGAGGAGCUGUGGAGGAGGAAUCGCGGGAGAUCGUUCGGCGCGUACACGGAGAAGGAAGCGCGUGGGUACGUGAAACGCACUGAGAGGCCUCAGCAUCUUAGCUUCUUGGAUCAUAUCCGUAUUUUCGUAUCUUCUCCAUGUGAUUGAUUCCUAUUUCUUCUACCCACUCUCUCCUCUCUCUCUCUCUCUUUCUCUUUGUUUGUUUGUUUUUCUUCUCUUCGGGGGAAACAAAAAGGAAAAAUAAAAAAUAAAAAAACACAAAACACAAAUUCUAGAGAGUUACUUGUAAGGGUCCCCACGAGUCAGUCAGUCCGUCCGUCGUAUCCGUACAAUCGUUUUGUUGUUAUCCCUAGAGAGAGAGAGAGAGAGAUUGAGGUUCUUCUGUGAUUUGUUGGAUGUAAAACGUACACGUACGAUCGAUCCCAUCUUUUAAAAAAAAUACGUUUUAGGUGAGUUUUUAUGGGUGAGUUCCCUAAAGAGGUCAGGGUCUUUAGAUUUUAGACAGUUCAAUGAUGUUUCUUGAAUCUCGUAUCCUGGAUUCUAAUCUGUGCAUCUUUAGAUUUACAUAUUUCCAUAGUUUAAGCAUAAAGAUGAUUAGCAUUCGUGUCUUUCUAAUAAAAAAGUAGGUGUAUGUGCCUCAAGGA